UCUCGUCCUUCUCCAAUCUCCGUGUUGUUGUUCCCGGUGACGCGGCGGAGGUGUAGCCUGACGCGGGCUCUUACGUGUCGGCUAGAAUAAAAGUGGAGCUCCGGAGGCCCGCGAGUGACGAGGGGAGUCUGUAUCGCCUAACCAAUGAAGAUGGAGUCUGCAGUAGAGGCUCAGCAGGUAGCAGACCCUGCUGUGACUGAGGCAGAGAGCCAGCAGAUCACACCGGCACAGAUCGCUACUCUGGCACAGGUAUCUCUGACAACAGGACACGCCUCAGCAACAGGUCCCACUGUAACGCUAGUACAGCUUCCCAAUGGACAGACGGUUCAGGUCCAUGGUGUCAUCCAGGCUGCACAGCCAUCUGUUAUCCAGUCCCCACAGGUCCAGGCUGUACAGAUCUCCACCAUAGCAGAAAGUGAAGAUUCACAAGAAUCAGUAGACAGUGUGACUGACUCUCAGAAGCGCAGAGAGAUUCUGUCACGACGUCCUUCAUACAGGAAAAUCCUUAAUGACCUUUCAUCCGACGCACCCGCUGUCCCUCGCAUCGAGGAGGAAAAAGCUGAGGAGGAUUCAUCCGCUGCUGCAGCCACGCCCUCUAUCACCACGGUUACGGUCCCCACGCCCAUCUACCAGACCAGCAGCGGACAGUACAUUGCAAUCACGCAGGGUGGUGCCAUUCAGCUGGCCAACAACGGUACAGAUGGAGUCCAGGGCCUUCAGACUCUGACCAUGACCAACGCAGCGGCAGCAGCCCAGCCUGGAGCAACCAUCCUGCAGUACGCACAAACCAGCGACGGCCAGCAGAUACUGGUUCCCAGUAACCAGGUGGUGGUACAAGCUGCCUCCGGUGAUGUCCAGGCCUAUCAGAUCCGAGCAGCCCCUGCCAGCACCAUCGCCUCCGGGGUGGUCAUGGCGUCCUCCCCUGCCCUCCCCACCCAGGGUGCCACAGAGGAGGUCACACGGAAAAGGGAGGUCCGUCUCAUGAAGAACAGAGAGGCAGCCCGCGAAUGUCGCAGGAAGAAAAAGGAGUAUGUUAAGUGUUUGGAGAACAGAGUGGCUGUCCUGGAGAACCAAAACAAGACACUAAUUGAAGAACUGAAAGCUCUUAAAGACCUCUACUGCCAUAAAUCCGAGUAAUUCCUCCUCCGGACACCAAACUGGGCUGAGUAGCAUUUCGGUUCUUUACAAAUACUUGGACUGUUUCAUUCUGCCUGCCUGGCCUUCCUGUUUGCGGAUGGCUGGCCUUUCUUUGACAAAAUCACCCAAACUUACCCCCUAAUCUUCAGCAGGCUGUCAAAACAAUACAUUUUAAAAAAUGAUAAAGGUGUGUUCUCUCAUCCGAAUAUAAAGGUAACCAUUGGAAAAGUGCCAUCUAAAUCUAGACAGUCUGAACCAGUAGCAUAAUGUAACAUAAGAUUGGUACAGAAUGCUGCUGAGGGUGCGUUUCUUACACAUUUAUCUGUGAGCCUUCAUCUUUGUGUCAUAGUUUUGGCCAGCAUCCUCAUCAUGUUCAUUGCUGAGAUUCUUCUUUGGAACGGUAAUAGGUCUACUUUUAGCAUCGGAGAGAACCGACAUGUAAACCUGCUGAUCCUGUUUCACUACGAGUUUAUCAGAAGCUAAGUUCUGCUUCCUCUGCUCAGACCUGAACAUUUUUAAAGCAUAAGAGUGUUUGUGUUCACAAAAUAUGCAAUAAUGCCCCAUCAAUGCAUCGCUUUAGCCACUUCCAGUUUAAUUUACCUUGCGCUCUGAUACACCGGUUGAACUGGACAAUAAUAUUUUAUGGUUGUAAUUUUAGAAAAACCCAGCAAAUGUUUGUGCUGCGGCCUCGUAAUAUCAGACAUGCUGAGUUCACCUGCUGGCCAAAACUAUAAGACCCAGCUUCUAAAAGAAAAAAACAAUAUUUGUUGCCUUUGAUAAACAUUUUAAUUUCAUAUUUUUUCUGUAUGUUUGUUAUAUUUUACGGUACAUUUCACAGUACAGUUCAGACCUCUCUAGCAGGCAAGCUCAGUUAGCGACAGUUAAAGACUUUAAAUAAACCAUGAAUCUCUAUUUGAUCCUCAUCCUGAUGUGAACCACCCUGUACAAAGGAUUCUUAUUAAUUGGGCAAAAACUAGUUACUUUUCUAGGUGUUUUUUAAAGAUGCUAUUAACUGCCAGUUCUUUAUGUGUGAGCAGUCGUAUCUGUCAAAAGAGGACAUGACGUCCCACUUUCCUAUUCACUCAUGUUCUUUUUGUUUUUGUUUUUGUUUUUUUACACUUCUCCAUCUGACAUCGUCAAAACUGUAUAAAUUAAAUUAUAUUAACACGCUUUUGUGGAAUUUUGGUUUUUACAACCUGGAGUCUAACUUUAAUAGAUAAGACUGACAGUUUUGGAAACAUUUUGCUCAGUCACGUAAGCCAAAUUAUUUGGCAGAGGACAAAAAGCAAUAUGUAAUAUUUUACCUAAUCUGUUGCUAAAUGAAGCGAAAAUUAAACUUUGCAGAAUUAUAAGAUAGUUCAAAUUUGAUCGACUGUCGUUCUGCACACAAGUAGUUUCUGAGGCCACAUUUCUGUUUGUUUGUGGUUCAGAUAACUGCAGCUUUGUUUUUAAUGCACCACUUCUGUUACUCGCGGCUUGCCCACAGAUCAGCUCCUACCUGAGUGUAAAAUGUUGCCUUUUAACACAGAACGGCGAAGUCUUGCAUAACAAGAUCCAGGUUGUAAAUUUGAGCUCAAACAUCAUCACAUUAGUUUGUUAUUAAAUUAUGACCUUUAUGAUCAAAAUCAUUUUCCAUGACAUUUUCCUUUUUUUUAACAAUUUAUCAGGUUGCAGUCUUUAAAAAAAAGAAAAAGGUAAAAGCCUGUAAUCCAUUAAGCUGUACUGUACACCCUGUUGAAUACUUUGGUGGGACAGUGUGUUAAGAAGAAACGUGUAUGUAUUUGUCUGUUUAUAUUUUAUAUUACUGUACAUAGACUCUACAGCAUGUGUAGUCCUCAUAUAUUUCUGUUUAUUUGAUAUGAAAAUGUUCGUAUGGCUUGUUUGAAACCAACUUUGCAUAUUUGUAAGAUACCUAAGUGUAUAAUUCAAAGCAAUGUACCGGUGUGUGUGUGGGAGUGUGUGUGUGUGUGUGUGUGUGUGUGUAUUCAUGUAAACCACCAGGCCUACCAGCAUCAUGGCAGCUAGGGUAUGAUGAGAAAGGCCAUUGUUGGUGAUGCUUUAUUUGGAUUGUUGAACUCUUUAGGAUCAGCAGUGCUUGUUUGUGGAGAAGAUCAAGUCUGCUGAGAGCAGUGUGGGUCCACAACAUGUUUCAGUGUCAUGAAAUAAUUUUCCUCUGAACUUUGAGUUUAUAUCAUAUGAUUUAUCUGUGAAGCAGAAACUGCUACAAUUUUAAUUGAUUUUAUAUCUUUCAAGGCAUCAGAUGAAAGCACAAAAGUUUUUUUCAAAGGUGCCUCUUUUUAACUGUAUUUAUUUUUUAUUAUAAAGCUUCUUCAUGUUUUUUAUUUUUAUUUCAUUAUUAUUAUUUUUUUGUUACUGACAUUGGCUCCAGUGGUAGAAAACAUGUCUUUAAAUCAGGUUUUAAUAAUUUGCCCUUUCCACCUGUAUCAUCUUUAAACAAAGUAUGUGGUGUUUAGAAGAAAACUUUACUGUCAGCGACUUUGGCUCAGAAACAUCUCUAAAUUCUUCUUCAGGUUUUUGUUUUUAUUUUAAGACUCAAUUGUCUUUGCAGAAUAAAUUGUGGAGCCUCAGUUUCUGAUAAAAUAGGUGUAAGAUAUUUACCAGAGUUCCUCCUCAGAAGCUUUCUUUAACUAGUUUGGCUGCAGAUCAUUUCUCUCUUUUACAAAUAAGUUUUCAAACCUCAGUCAUGAACUGGGAAGGACUCUGUGAUGUGUGGGAGCACUGGUAGUCACUCUAAAAGGCAGAUUGUCCCGUACUACAGUGGGACAUGUCCCUGUUUCACUGUUCUUUCACGCUGUGGUUUAGAGCCAUCUACAAACUCCCAAAUUUUCAUAAUGCAUUUCAGGACAUGAAGUCUGAUAAAGUACUUUUUGUAUGUAUGUAAUUGUAACGCAUACUUCAGAGGAAAUUAAACAUUUGUGAAGUCACUAUUUAGUAAUAAUUGUGUGAUCAGUGCCACAGCUUUAACAGUGUGUUAGGGCUUGAUAGCUCUUAAAACCAUCAAAAACCAGUGCCAUUACAAUAUCCCCUUCACUGAUGAGUUAAAGUGUAUCCUGGAAAAAAAAGACAAUAAUUUCCACUCUUUGUGAUUCAUACACCCAGUGCUGGUGCUGAAUAAUUAUUAAUAACCAUUAUUUUCUGUUCAUUUGAUAUAGUGAGUUCAACUUUGUGAUGUGAUUGCACAAUAUUUUUCCUAUUAAACUGUGUUUUAAUUUCUGUGACAGGAUUGUUUGUACCCACGGGCCUCGUUUGUGCAUGCUACAGAUUGAUAUCCACGUGUGUAAAAGUAUAAAUAUAUUAUUUCUAGCAAAGUAAUAAAGACAUUUUUUCUAACUUUUAAUGUGAUUAGUUUAUAUAUAUUGCUAAUUUUACAAGCUAUGAUUAUUAAUGCCAUGUACUGUAUAUUAUCUUAUCAAGACAAGGUCACCAAAAUGGCUCAUUACAGUUUGUUUGAACAAUGCCAGCCCAAUAUUUCAAAGUGCUGUUACUCUGAUAUUACAUCACUCUUUUGUAAACACCUAUGUCACAAUAAAUGGCUCCUAAAGA